ACCCAGCUUAUGUGGAUGAGAUGAGCUGAGCAUAGGGCUGUGUGAUUUCUCCCUUCUUUUGUCGCGAUUGUCCAGCCGCUUGUUCUACACGCUCUCUCUCUUUUCGAAGCCGUCUUUUCUUUUUUCUCACUGCAGUCGUCAUCACGCACCUAUAUUUCCCCAGAUUCUUUAUAGCCGUUGCAUCCGGAAGCGGGUGUGAUUGCGAUUACACACAUCAUCUUUUCUUGUCUUGUCUUGGGAAGGGAGAGAAGAAGUAGCCGGUCUCUGUCCGCGCGGCCUAUCUACCUGUUCGACUGAGCUGCCGUCGUCGCAUUUUCCUCUCUAUUGCGCUUUUUGGAUAUAUACUUGGAUUGGAUCUAAUCUUCGGUCGCCACUUCUGGGAUACCUCGAGUAAUCACUUUUCUGGAUCUUGCGCGUUCCGAGGACGAGGACGACGACGAUUCCCAGCAGCGCAUACUUGCAUUCGAGGAAGAGGAAGCAAGGAAGACAAAAUGUCGCAAUCACAAUCCCAAUCCUUUCCCUCCGCUCUCCUCACCCUCCUCCUCCCGUUCUCAAUAUCCCUCUUCCUAUACCUCAGCAUAACACACCUACUCAUCCCCCUCUGGCGCUCUCAAUCCCCCAACAUACCACUCGACACCGUUUCCGAAAUCGCAAGGAGGGCCAAAAGUCAAGUGAAGGAAAGAGUUGGUAGAUUGGUGGGAAGGUUUAGGAAGAGGGAGGAGUGGGAUGAAGAUGACGGGGAGGAAGAGGAUGAGGGGAAUGGAAUGUUGAAUUAUGAGGAGGAUAGGGGGAGGUUGUGGAGGGGGAGUGUGCCGCCGCCUGGGAGGAGUGAUAGUCCUGUUUGAGAGGUGAAAUCAAGAGAUGGGUACGAGUGAAGGAAGAUGAUGGGGAAAGCGUGCUGGAUCGCGCUGGUCUACAGGAUGGAAAGCUCUCAAGCUCACCCGACACCUCAAGGCCGUUUGGGAGAAUACAAGGACGACCUCAUGGCGCCGAAGAUGCUAGACACAGCUCUGGUUGCGCUCGAGACUGCUUGAAAAGCGCUACAAGUUGUCCACUUGCACUCCAGAUGCCAUCGGAUUAGAAAGAGCGCCGAGUCACGAUACUGCAUACUGAGCUGCAUACUGAGCUCACGAGCUUCCUAGCUUCCAGCAUCUUGUAUGCUCCGCUACAGGUACGCAUACAACACAUGCAUAUAUUAGGGCAUAGCUUACAUCUUACAAUGAUGCAUACAUACCUUUUCUCAUUCCAUCGC